GUGGUUGGUGACACAACUAUCAGUCGGCAUAAAUAUACACACUCUCACACAAACACCAGAAAGGCAGUUGGUGUCAAUUACAGAGACACAUUUAUAGGACAAAACAGUUGGUUCAUCACUGUAAGAAGAAUGGAGAUAGGACACUAUGUCAACUCACCAGCUGAGAGGAGCAAUAGAGAGGAGCAAAGAGAAAAUCUUCAUUCAGGAGGGUCAAAAAUCUACAUGUUGGUUGGAGUCAGCUUUGGCCUGCUGUGCAUUAUACAAUUCGCUCUCAAUCUUUCAUAUCGGCUACAAGCUGUUGGGUGUUCUAACAGGUCAGACAAUGUUUCGACUAGCAAUUUCACCAUGAUGUCAGCUGACGACAUCAGAGCCCUGAUUUUAGAGAGAGAUCGACUGCUUCAAGAGAAAAACCAACUGGUUCAAGAGAAAGACCAACUGGUUCAAGAGAAAAACCAACUGCUUCAAGAGAAAGAUCGACUGGUUCAAGAGAAAAACCAACUGGUUCAAGAGAAAGACCAACUGGUUCAAGAGAAAAAACAACUGGUUCAAGAGAAAGACCAACUGGUUCAAGAGAAAAACCAACUGCUUCAAGAGAAAGAUCGACUGGUUCAAGAGAAAAACCAACUGGUUCAAGAGAAAGACCAACUGGUUCAAGAGAAAAAGCAACUGGUUCAAGAGAAAGACCAACUGGUUCAAGAGAAAAACCAACUGCUUCAAGAGAAAGAUCGACUGGUUCAAGAGAAAAACCAACUGGUUCAAGAGAAAGAUCGACUGGUUCAAGAGAAAGACCAACUGGUUCAAGAGAAAAAGCAACUGGUUCAAGAGAGAGAUCGACUGGUUCAAGAGAAAAAAAAAAUGUUUCAGGAUAAAGACCAACUGGUUCAUGAGAAAAACCAACUGGUUCAUGAGAAAAACCAACUGCUUCAAGAGAAAAACCAACUGCUUCAAGAGAAAAACCAACUGCUUCAAGAACAAAACACCCCAAGCUGUCCCCAGGGAUGGUGGAGAUACAUGUCUUCCUGUUACAAGCUUUCUUCUAGGAGAGACACCUGGGAGUAUGCCAAACGAGACUGUGUGAGGAAAGGAGCUCAUUUGGUGAUUAUGAAUGAUGAAGUGGAAGAGAAAGUUGUCCGUAUUAUUGGAAAUGGUGUCAGAAUGUGGAUGGGCUUGAGCGGCCAACAAGAAUACGGCUACUGGACGUGGACAUUGGUGGAUGGAAGCUCAUUGCUUUAUAUUAACUGGAAUGAUCACGCGUAUUUUGGGAACAACUACCGUUACCAGUGUGCAUAUGUUGACGAAGACCCAUUGUGCCAGGGGACCUGGUUCAUGGACAUCUGUCAAGAACAUCACUAUUGGAUGUGUGAGAUGGAGCUGCACACCAGCUCUUCACACAGACAGACAUACAUGUAACAUUUACAUAUAUACAGUAUGUACCUUUUUUUCAUUAUAAUUGUUAAUUUUAAUGACUUAAUGACUAUUUUAUCGUAAUUCUUCUCGACAUAAUUUCAGGAAUAGUGUGUUGGUUUUGUGUGCUUUUUACUACAUUAAAACAAUAUAUAAAUAUUAUUUUCUUUAAAUAUCCCUAAGUCGAUGUGUCAGUGUAAGGCCACAUGUUUUUUCUUGUAAUCUGUUUUAUGUGCUCCAUUUCUAUGGUAUUGAUUUGCUCCUGACACUGCUUAAAAAAGGUUGUGACUAUCACUGAGCCUGCCCUCUGAAGAAGGCAUCAUCUGAAAGGUUUCUGCGUUACAAAGGAAUAAGGAUAUAGCAAAUGUGAACUUCAGACUAUUUUAUGCUCUGUGCAAACCAGUUUACCUUCCUUUAAAAGCAAAAUCUCACCACUGAUAUGUUCAUGUUUUUAAGGGACAAUCUUUAAUGGGUUUUACUCUGGCUACUCCAGUGCUUGCCUUUAGAAAGCAAUGCCACUGAACUGCAGCAUUCAGCAAUUCAGUUUGUUCUCAAACUAUACAGUUUCAAAAGUUUAUUUGCAAAAUGCCUUAAAGGUGUCAAUAAAGUGGAAUGAAGCCCUUCAAACAUAGAGGACUUUGUGCAAGUAAUGAGUUGUACCAACCACUGGUGACCACUAGAGGAUGUUAUUUUAAUAUUUUUGCACCAAAGAGAGCAGCAACAGAGCCAUGCUUUGUCUCUGAACCCUGAAACGUAUUUUGAUGAUAAUUAGCAAUUAUUUUUUUGGGAAAUGCUUUGCAGUGCUUAAGGCAAACAUCAAUCAUUUAGUUACUACUAUAUACAUUUCUUGUAUCAUCACAGAGUAUUGUCCUGAAGAGUUCAGCUUGUGUGGCAACAUGGCAAAAAGUUAGCUUUGACCUUGAAAUAUAUUGUCACUGAUGGGGGAAAACCUUGUAAUUUUGGAGAUUUUCACAUCUGAAACUUGAGCUUUUCAUUACUUUUUCUUUGUUUCUCUCAGGAAAUUGAAAGUUUGGGCCCAACAGCAGUUUGACGAUAAAAACAAGAGCAACUUUUCACAGAUUGCUCACAGGAAGAAUGAAGACAAAUGAGUAUUGCGCUGAGCAGGCAAAGUAGUUGAUGUUUGUGUUGAUCAGUUAAGCAUCUUCAGGUGGUUAUUUCAUUCUAUAGGUUCUUAAAAAUGUAGUCCUGGUAAAUAGUCUGAUGUGAUACUUCAGUACAAAAAAGUUUAGACCUUUUCUUUAUUCCCUGAUGAGCCCUCAAGAUGUUAUAUGGACAUAGUUACACAUAAAAAACAAAAGAAACAAAGAAAUAAAAUAAGUGAAUAGUAACACUUGUUGCAUAUUAAUGAGUAUAUGCAAUACAAUAAUGAAGAAAGUAAAUCAAUUAAUUAAUAAAGCAAAAAUUACAAAUGAGCAAACAAGCACACGAAGAAGCCAUUAUUAUUUUAACAAACGUAUUAGUGAGAUUGUUAACUCUUUGAUGUUCUUAGUGUUGAAUAAUAAUAAUUUAACAGUGUUUGGAUUAAUCCUAUAGCAUCAUUGAACUAAUCGGUUUCUCUCAUUGUCAAAACCAGGACAAACUAAUAUAUUAUGACCCUCGUCACCUUGAUCUCGUGCACGGUGUUGAAACAUAGUCACGUAAAUAUCUCCUCUUUGAAAUUGGCAAAUCAUGACAACGACACCUAAAUUUAGGCAGACCAGUUCUGUACAAAGCGAAGCAAAUAAAAAAGAUGUUUUUCAAAAACAAAAUCAGUCUUAAACAACCUAUUACUCUGAAGGUUAUCAUAGACCUCAUCGUGUCAUUCCUGAAGAUCCAUAUCCUCCAGUCUUGGCUUAACCUGAAAUUUUAUUAAGUAUUUUUGAUGCUUCAAACACCACAAAUGAAAUUCAUUCUCGUACAUGGUCCUUGGCUUUGGCAACAGAUAUCUCAAAAGUUGAGGGUCUAAAAUAUAAUAUUGACACUGUUUUCUCAUUUAGUAUCUAUUUAUAUCCACCUUAAAAUCCUGUCUCUCUUAUACCCUUGUCUUCCACUUCCCUGUCAUACAUUAUCAUUGUAAGGUGACAGGAAUAUUGCCAGGGUGCUAUGACCUCUGACCUCAGGGCGGUUUCUGAACAUUUUGCCGUUCUAAGUGACAUCGUACACUGCCCGUAAUUUGCCCAACCAGUAAAGCAGAGCUUGGUUUAAUGUUGCUCUCAAUGUGAUGUAAGUUGCUGUGGAUAGGCUGCUCCCGAGGCAAAAUUAAUAAAAUGUGUAAUGUGAAUAUAGUGAGCAAUGUUGCAUCUUGAGUGGCUGUUUGUGAGCUGUCCCUGAAAAGAACAGCACGUCCUAGUUCCUCAUCCUGUCGUCAGGAAGCAGAGAGGAAGUCAAAGAGACGGGGACAAAGAGGUCAGGUGCCCAGCCUUGCAUCAAGGUCUUCCUCGUGUACCGCUGCCUCCAUGCUGUUAUGUAACAUCCUGAGCAGUACACACUCUCAUAAUGUACAAUCUAUGGUACACACCGCACCCCAGCUCAUCUCCCACCAAUAAUAAUGUUGGUUUUUGUUAGCCAUGACCACAAUGUUCUCUAAGCCUAAAGGAUAAGGCUGGUGCUACUCUAUAUUUUUCUCAUGGACAAAUCCCAUGAAAAGACCAAAUCCAACUAUGCGUUGGACUAACAGUCCGUCUCUCAAUACUAUAUACAAUACUAUAUAUAUAUAUCUGGCUUUCAUAUAUAAUAAAUAUAAAAUAGACAAUACUAGGCAAUAUUUGUACCAUCAAAUCUCUCUUGUUUUUGGUCUCUUCAUUGGAUUUGUUGACAAGAAGAAAUAUGCGGAAUAUCACCAGCACUAUCCUUUAACCAAGUAGUUUUGAUCGAAUGACUUAACCAAAUCUUAACCAUAGAAACAGCAAAACAAAAACACUCAUAUGAAUAGCUAUUGGAACAGUCAUCUAGAUCGUUUUGGAAAGCAUCGAAAAACAACCUAUUUUUUUGUUCAGGUAUGACAAUUUGUUGGGCAUGUUGUCCUGCUACAGGGGAACCAGAUAAAAAACCCAAAACAGACAACAGUUUGUCCUUUCUGUAUGAGGCCUGAGGGUGGCGCUAGAGGAGAGGUCAAAAUAGAAAGGGUUCAUCCUCUGGGGAGCAUGGAUGUGCCCUUUAUAUUUUGGUAUUUCUUGUGUACAAGUGGAAAUUUUGAACUUAUGGUCACGCCAGAGGAAUGCUCAAUGAGUCAUUUAAAUCAUUAGGAAUCAUCAUCUGAGGAUCAUGAAUAUCCACAGCAAAUGAAUGGAAAUCUGGCCAGUGGUUGUUGAGAAAUCUUGCUCUAAUUACUACUCUUGGACAGGUAGAUGUGAAUUUUAGAUAGCCUUAACUUAGUUAAUCAUUUUAACUGAAUAUGAUUAGUAUUUAAGUACAGCAUUUAAACCAAAAAUGUGAGAGAAAUAUUCAUUAUUUGUCAUUUUAACUGGAUUAUUCCCUCUAUAAUAAGGAAUUCAUUAUGAACUGAAAGAAAGUACAAACUAUCUAGGAAGAUAAAGUCAGCUUUCUGUGUAACACCAGAUGCUUGACGUUAAAUUCUCAGUGUCUUUCCUUCUCUACUAUCAAAUUUGGCACCUUUCCCUCUCAACUAUCUAGGCAUUUAGCUGACACUCUUAUCCAGAGCCACUUACAACGAGUGCCUCAGGAGAGUAAGUUUAAAUGAAUUUAAACAGAUACAAUCUGCUUCUCCUCUGCUGUGAGUACUACUCCUGUCUGACUGGUACGUACAACACACAGCACAUUGUUAACAGUCCACAUUGAGUUACAUUCACAGUUUAGCUGACACUCUUAUCCAGAGUUACUCACAAUGAGGACGAGAUCAGGAGUAAGUUUCAUUUCUUAGAUCACUAACAUUACAAGGCAGGCAUCAGCGUGACGAGUGAGUGCCGGGUACAGAGGCAGCACAGGCAACGUCUUCUCGGAAUUGGAAAAUGUGUCCUUUAUCAGGACAAAACCUCCAUGUUUUCAGUUGAUAUCAGGAAUCCGCUGACAACGUCCCGUCCUGACAAGUUCACAUGAGGGCUGGAAUAUUUCAAAUGUUUCUGUGUGUUUUAUUCUGUGAUAUAAAUGUCAUAUAUCACAUUGUCUUCCUUUUUUUAUUUUGUGGAGUUGUCAUCUCCAGUAUUUUCUUUUUAAUUUCAAUGUCAAUCACUUUUUAUAAUAAGAUUGUAACGUGAAUUAAUUAACCAAUUAAUGAUGAAUAAAUACGUAGAUAUAGUAUUGACUGUAGUCUGACUGAUGCAAGAUUUUUGAUAUUUAAGAGUUUAAAAUAUCUGAUAAUGAUAUAUGUUGCAGCUGGUAAAAUUGGGGCUAAUUUCAACUACUUUAUAUACUGCUGUGUAGCUUAUAUAUCAUCUGUAAAGUAAUUAAUAAACUAGUACUAAAGCACUUUAAAAAAUGUAGUGGAGUAAAAAGUACAAUAUCUCCCUCUGAACUGUAGUGGAGUGGAAGUAUAAAGUAGCAUAAAAAUGGAAAUACUCCAGUAAAGUACCUUAAAACUGUACUUAAGUACAGUACUUGAGUAAAUGUACUUAGUUAGAUUCCACCACUGCUGACGUCCCAGCUGUAAGCUUUGAGCUGUAAGCUGCCAUGAGUACAUGAUGAGUUUUUA